AUGUCGGAGACGACUGUGCCAGAUGUGGGCCAACCCAAAAUGUCGGCGUGUCAGGAAAUGGGAGCGAGCGCGCCGGAUGCAACAGGAAACAUCUGCCUCGGCGGGGACCAAUCAGGCGGGCGUCUCGUCUCUGGAUGCUCCGGACCGCCACGCGCUCGCCCGACUCCUGCACCACUUCAUUGCCAGGAGCGUGAGGAGGAUGUGAAGCUUCAGCUCGUCCGACACACUCCCGGGCUUUCAGACAAUCUGAGGACCAGCAGCGGCUACGCCAAACUUAGCCAAGCAAAGCAGCCUCUUCCCUCUGGAGAGAGACCAAACCAUUCAACGACGUCGAAAGUCGCUUACUUCAAGAGGAAAUAUGCGGAGGAGGAGGUUCUGCACGGACGCCUACGAGGAUAUUUUCAAAAACACCUGAUCCUGCAGGAGGACAGGGGCUGCAUCCUCAAGUUGUCCCUGGAGAAGCUGAGGUUCCUGGACGACCCCGAGGCCUACCUGCGGCGCUCCGUCCUCAUCAACAACCUGCUGAGGAAGAUCCACCAUGAGGAGGGGUAUGAUGACGUAGAGGAGGAAGAGGGGAUGGUGGGCGAGGGCGGGAUGUACUCCGACAGGAAGCGGUUGAAAGUGCUGGUCGGCGACUGCUGCUCGCCGUCCCUGAGCCUCGAGGAGCUGCAGCGUUACCGUCUGGUGCCGUGCUGUCCGUCGGCAGGCUGCCUCUGCGGGCUGGACUCCGGCCCGGGCCUGGAACCGCUGGAAGCGGAUCACCGGCUGCUGCUGUACAACUUGGACGACCACGGCUGACGAAGGCCCUGAUGGCGUCCGAACGCUGAGAAACCGACCGUGAAUGAACCACUAGAAGCUUCUCGAAGCUAAGGGACAGCCAUUGUUCCUCUGCCUCAGGACCAAAGGCCAAACUGUCCCAGCACCAUUUAUGGACUUCUUCUCUUGCUGUGAAGUGAGCUCCUUCAGGGACCUUUGGAUGCUCCUGUGAAGAUUUCUUUCUUAUCGUUCGUGUUUCUUUCUGUGACAUCGUGCAAAGUCCAUCUUGCCCGUGGGUAAAGUGACGCUCCCCUGUGGCCGCUCGCUUGUCUCCCCAGGCUCUCUGCUGCUCUCUGCUGGAGAAAGCCGGACAUUGCAGCCAAGGAUGUUUUUGUUUGUUGGAUAAACAGAGUUAAAGCAGAGUCCCUUUAAAUUUGUACAUUUUUAUAGUUUCCUACGGCUUGGAGAGUUUUUACGGCUGGUUCAAUCAAUCAAUGUGCUCUGUAAAGUCUGCUUCGUGUCAACAACUUGUUCAUCCUUGCUGAAGCGUUCUGUUGUUCUGUCAGUUCAUGGUCUUUAACAGUGUUUAUUCCUAUGACUCCUGUGAAAAUACAACAAAAUAUCAAAGAGAAAUUGAAUAUUUUAUCUCAAAUAUAUAUAUUUUGAUGAAAUAAUUGUUGCACUGAUGAUAUUUGACCAAUCAGUCCUUUAUGAUUGUUACAAUGUACGAAUGGAUGCUCAGUGUGUGUCUGUCAUCCAAUGCCUUUCUGUGUGCCG